AUGGCGUACAUCCACUAUAAGAAGGCAUACGAUUCAGUACCCCACACACGGUGGCAUCAUCAGGUUAAUGAAACACGCAAUAAGAAUGUGGAACACUUCACUCCACAGUACCGACGGGACAGAAGUGUUACGAUCCAGAACUCUCAGUAUAAAAAGGGGUAUUUUUCAAGGCGAUACAGUCAGUCCGCCAUGGUUUUGCCUUGCGAUGAACCCCUCAGCAAAGCACUUAACCGAAGCAGCUAUGGCUACCAAUUGAAAAGUGGGACAACGAGUACAAAAAUUACCCACACCUUCUUUAUAGACGAUCUGAAGCUGUUUGUGGAGACUAUGGGAAAGCUGCGUCAUUUGUUGCAGCUGGCGACAACGUUCAGCAACGAUAUUCGGAUGGAGCCCGGCGUCGACAAAUGUCGUCUCGUAAAUAUCCUUCGGGGUAAAGUAAUGGACGCUGAAAGUUUCCGCAUCAACGAAAGGGAGGAAAUUCGAAGUAUGAUUGAAGGUGAGUCGUACAAAUACCUGGGAUUCCUGCAACUGAAAGGUAUUCACCACACGACUAUCAGGAAAGAACUGCAGGAACGGUUCCUGUAUCGUGUCAACCGUAUUUUGAAAUCACUCCUCUCUGCCGGCAACAAAGUAAAGGCGAUAAACACGUUUGCCGUGCCUUUGUUGACAUACAGCUUCGGGGUGGUUAAAUGGACCAAAACGGAUUUGGAAGCGAUUGAACGUACCUUGCGAGUAUCGCUAACCAAGCACCGUUCGCACCACCCAAGAUCGGCAGUCGAAAGAAUCACCUUACCACGCAUGGAAGGAGGAAGAGGUGUCACUGACAUCCAAGCGCUAUGCGUAUCCCAGAUCGAGCAGUUGCGGAGAUAUUUCAUAGAUAGUCAGACUCGUCAUGUUGUCUACCGCACUGUCUGUGAAGCAGACCACGGGUUCGGCGCCCUGCAUCUGGCGCAGGAGCAUUACCAGCUGAACUGCGAUCUAAAAACCGUAUCAGAAAAGGUCAAAACAUGGAAAGCAAAGGAACUACAUGGGACGCACCCCCAUCAAUUAGAGCAAGCGAAUGUAGACAAAGUGGCAUCGAAUGCGUGGUUGGUGCGAGGUGAUCUCUUUUCGGAGACGGAAGGCUUCAUAGUAGCCAUUCAGGAUCGGGUUAUUACGACGAAGAACUACCGCAGGUACAUAUUGCACGAAGAUAUAGAAGAUCGUUGUCGAAAGUGCAAUUCAGUAGGGGAAACGAUCGAGCAUGUGAUUGCAGACUGUCUUGCCUUAGCCGAAAGGGCUUACCUUGGACACCACAAUGCAGUUGCCAAGAUUGUGCACCAACAACUCGCUUUGAAGCACAACUUGUUUAACUGUUACGUACCCUACUAUAAGUAG